AUGGCACUGAACAGUUUCGCAAAGGAUUCGACCUGGAACUGGAAGAAGGAAGUCGUCAUAGUCACUGGGGGUUCCAGCGGCAUUGGCGCUAAGGUUGCGUCGAAGCUCGGCGAGAGCGGCUCAACGGUCAUUGUUCUUGACAUUAACCUCCCUUAA